AUGCUUCAACCGGAGGAGUUGUUUGAGCCUGCUCUGGUGGAGAGGGAGGGCAGCAUGGACCUAGAUUUGUUCUCUGUGUCUGAGGACUGUCCCAUACAUCUCCAACAAGCCAAAGAACAUGAGAUCCAAAAAGAGCUGGCAGAGGAGCAGUCUGUGGUGGACACGCACAUCCACGCUGCAGCUUGCAUGUCCCAGAAACACCUGCUGACGUUCAUUCAGAAGACAUAUCAAACAGAUGCUGAUCGAAUAGUUUUAGAGAAAGAUGGAAACAAACUGACCCUCAAACAAGUGUUUAGUGGCCUGCAUAAAGACCCUUAUGACUUAACAGUGGACUCUCUGGAUGUGCAUGCAGGGAGGCAAACCUUUCAUCGAUUUGAUAAAUUCAACUCCAAGUAUAACCCAGUGGGAGCCAGUGAGCUUCGAGAAAUCUUUCUGAAAACUGACAACCUUAUGGAAGGAGAGUACUUUGCUGAAAUCAUUAAGGAAGUGGCCCAUGAUCUGGAGGAGAGUAAGUACCUGCAUGCCGAACCACGUCUGUCAGUCUACGGCAGCAGUCCCGGGGAGUGGCUACAUCUAUCCAAAUGGUUCAUCAAACACAAACUCUACUCUACAAACAUGAGUGUAGACGAUGAGUCCAAACGUAACAAACACAUGUUUUCAACCCAAAGUCCUACCCCAGAUAAGUGGGAAAGCAAGGACAACCCUCCAUACAGCUACUACAUCUACUUCAUGUAUGCCAACCUCAUGACGCUCAACAACCUCAGGAAAGAACGUGGCCUGUGCACCUUCCAGUUCCGCCCUCAUUGUGGCGAGGCUGGAUCUAUCACUCACUUGGUCUCAGCUUUUUUGGGGGCAGACAACAUUUCUCAUGGACUAAACCUGAAGAAGAGCCCAGUACUGCAGUACUUGUUCUAUUUAGCUCAAAUCCCAAUAGCAAUGUCCCCACUGAGCAACAACAGCCUGUUUCUGGAGUACUCCAAAAACCCUCUGCGCGAGUUUCUGCACAAAGGUCUGCAUGUGUCUCUGUCCACGGAUGACCCCAUGCAGUUUCACUACACCAAGGAACCACUCAUGGAAGAAUAUGCCAUCGCAGCUCAGCUGUGGAAGCUCAGCACUUGUGAUGUCUGUGAAAUAGCCAGAAACAGUGUGGUGCAGAGCGGCCUUUCUCAUGAGCAAAAGCAAUAUUUCAUUGGAAAGAACUAUCAAAAUGAAGGACCAGAAGGAAACGACAUUCAGCGAUCCAAUGUGGCCCAGAUCCGGAUGGCCUACAGAUAUGAAACUCUGUGUAAUGAACUGAGCCUCCUGGUGGAUGCAGUCAGACACUAA